CUAUUCAUUCUAGAGAGACGCUGAAAUGUUUUAGUUGCUCUCUGGGCCCCAAAAGAUGCUUCGCUUCUGAAUAAGAGAAAACUGCAUUUACACUUGAAUUGAUGGAUUCAGCAUUUUGCCAGCAGUUUCUUGGAAAACUCACCUUUAUUCUCUCGGAGGGGCAGACGCUGCUUUACAUCUCUUGAACUUGAACUUUUUCUUCCACCAUCUUCUAGUUUUGUAUUUUGAGGAUGGGUGCCGCCUUCAAGAGGUUCUGUGUGCGAUUCUGCUGUUGCUGCUGCUGUGAGGAUGAUGAUGAGGAAGAAAAGAGACCUUUACUUAGUCACGACACAUUAGAAUAUUUCGACCGUGAGGCAAAAAGAAGGCGGGACCAAGAGACGAACCUGUGGAGUGAACCAGGAGACCCCUCCCACUCUGAGAGAGAUGACGACCGCACGCUCUACAACCUGCUGCAGACCAGAGCCCAAACCCAACGAGGCUCUCAUGGUUACCGGCGUUUGAGCAUCGACAUCGAGGCCAUGAGAGACAUGAGAAGAGAGGUGCGAGAUAAAUGGAAGAUGAUCUUAGAGAAUCUGGGGUUCAUGGCCGAAGCAGAGUCUCUGUUGACUGUGUCUGCCACCGCAUCAUAUGACCGCAUGAGAAACGCAGCGACCGCCCGCACCCUUCUACACACCCUCCACACCGAAACAUCCAUAUUCUACAGCAAAGAGCCUCCACCCGAGAGAUACCUCUUCAUCCUGGACCGGCUCAUUUAUCUGGACGCUGCUGAGGAUUUUGUGGCCAAGGCUCGUCGCUUCUACCCUCCUAAAGACGAUGAUGAUGAAGAAGAGGACACCCUUGCAAUAAAUCUGCCUCUGUUGCUGUCCCGUAUGAAUCAGAACAUCUCUGGAGGAGAGGAUGAGGAUGAUGAUGAGGGCGAGGCCACUGGACCAGAGGACUGAAACGGAGAUGAUUUCAUAAUCAGUUAGAGGGGUUUUGGAGGUAUAACCCCAUUUCCAGAAAAGUUGGGACAAUUGUGUAAAAUGCAAAAAAAAAAAAAAAAAAAAAAUCUUUAAAGAAAACUUAAAUAAAAAUAAUUUAACUGACAAAAGAAAAGAUUUCCAAUGUUUUCACUGACCAACUUUUUUUUUUUUUUUGGAUGGCUGCAAAACACUCCAAAAAAGUUGGGACAAAGGCAAAUGUGAAAAGAUUAUAGAAUAUCCAAGUUAAACAGUUUUGAAACAGUCCACAGUUAGCAGGUGAAUCGGUAAUAGGUGAGGGUAUCGUGAUGGGUAUAAAAGGAGCAUCCACCAAAGACUCAGUCUUUGCAAGCAAACAUGGGUCAUGGCUCACCACUUUGUGCCAAAUUUCAUGAGAGAAUUGUCAAACAAUUCAAAAAUCACAUUUCUUAAUGCCAUAUUUGAAAGUAUUUAGGUCUUUCAGCAUCUAGCAUUCAUAAUGUGAAAAGAUUAAGGGAAUCUAGAGAAAUCUCAGUCUGUGUAGGGCAAGGCAGGAAACCAUCAUGCAGCUGUUAAAUAUAGCCACAUUGGUACUUUGGAAAACCGUUGUCACUCAACACAGUCUGCCACUGCAUCAAAAAAUGCAACUUGAAUCUCUGUUACUCAAGGAGAAAACUAUACAUCUGUUCUCUGGCCCCGAGCUCAUCUCAGAUGGUCCAGAAGACAGUGGAAAUGUGUGCUGUGGUCAGAUGAGUCCACCUUUUAGCUUGUUUUUGGGACCAUCCAGAUUUUCAUCAGUGACGGGUGCAAAAGCAAACAUCUGUCAUUGUAUGAAGGUGCAUCAGUGCAAACGGCAUGGGGGACUUGCAAAUGUGUGAAGGUACCAUUGACGUGGAGAUGUAUACUGAGAUUGUACAGAGACAUACACGGGGAAGUUCAUGGUUAUUAGGGCAAGACAAUGCCAGGUCUCAUGCAGUCCAGAGCUAUCUCUUAUUAAUAAUGUAUGGCCCAUCAUGAAAAGGAGAAUCAGACAACCACGACCAUGGAUUUUUGAGCUGCUGUCUUGUAUCAGGCGAGAUUUGGCAAAAAUUCCACUUGCAAAAAUGCAGCAGUUAGUAUCCUCAAUUCCAAUUAAAAGGUAAUGUGGCACAGAGGUAAACAUGUCUCUGCGUCCCAGCUUUUUUGGAGUGUUGCAGCCAUCAAAUAUAUUUACAAAAUACAAGUUGGUCAGUGGAAACUUUGGAAAUCCUUUCUUUGUACUUUCGUCAGUUAAAUAAAGGUUAAAGUGAAUUAACGAAUCACAGAUUCUUGAUUUUAUUGCUUUUUACAAAAAUGUCCCAACUUUUCUGGAAAUGGAGUUGUAAAUGGAGUUGUAAAUGGAUUUGGAUCAGCUCAGGUCAAGGUGGAUGGGAAUGUAGAAGAUUAAAUGGCACAGGUUAAAUCAUUAGGCAAAUUAGACAACUGCUUUUGUGAGAAAGGGGAGACUAUUUUCAGAAUCAUCAAAAUAGCUGAAAUUAUAAGACCAGUAGGAGAUUCAGGAUUACUGAGGCAUGUUUAUAUUGUAAGUGUAUGAUGGUAAAGUGAAUUUGAAUAAAUAGAAAAGAAACUUUUUCUCUUGAAA